CCGCGCAUGAGCAGUGCUGCUCAGAGCCCGCCAGCCACGGUCUCGGGCGCCAGCUACGCCGCUGCCGCUGUCACUAUGGCCCAUUACAAAGCCGCCGACUCGAAGCGGGAGCAGUUCCGGAGGUACUUGGAGAAGUCGGGGGUGCUGGACACGCUGACCAAGGUAUUGGUAGCCUUAUAUGAAGAACCAGAGAAACCUAAUAGUGCUUUGGAUUUUUUAAAGCAUCACUUAGGAGCUGCUACCCCAGAAAAUCCAGAAAUAGAGCUGCUUCGCCUAGAAUUGGCAGAAAUGAAAGAGAAAUAUGAAGCUAUUGUAGAAGAAAAUAAAAAACUGAAAACAAAGCUUGCUCAGUAUGAACCACCUCAGGAGGAGAAGCGUGCUGAAUAGGAAUCUUCUCAAUUGAAAAGACACUGACAAAAUGGUUUUGUAUGACUUGAAUAGUUUGUAUAGUAUAAUCUUUUCUGAACAGAUGCUAUAGAACUCUUUUAAUAUGUUGAAUUCACCUACCACACUUUAACUGUUAUAAACACGUAUACUUAGAAUCACCAAUAAAAACUCAAUAUAACUUUCUUUGGGUCUUAAAAGCAGGAGAAUCCAAAGUGAAUCCUGAAAAAAAAUCUAAACACAGCCAUCUAAUUCAUUACCUUAAAAGACAUUCUGUUUAUUAGUCUGACUAGGAAUGAUGGUACUGGUGGUAUUUUAGCCAAGGAAGUUCAGCAUGGAGCUGUUCCUUGGUUUAGUUCAGGAUAUGAGCACAGGUACCUUCAUUCUUUAAAAUGAAGCCGACACUGUUGUUUAUAUCCUCUGUAGGCAGCUGGAAAGAUGUGUGUGACAGAAGAUGCUUUUGCACGGGUUCCCAUGAAUCUUCUGCUCUUGUUUAUAUAACGUGGAACAAAUAACUCUUCUUUGCCACCACUCUGCCUUAGAUAACUGUGUGUGUGCCAGUGUGAACUCUGACACCACGUGUCCUUCUAUGCAAUCAUGCCCUACCUGAUAACGUUGCCUUGCUUUGCUCUGUGCUUCAGUGGGUCCUAGCUGCACAUUGGCCUGUGUUGUUUUUCGAUUUGCCAUACUAGCAGUUAUCCUGACUGUAAUUUAUAAUAACUUAAAGCAGGAUCACACUGUUCCCCUGCCUUACUUGUUGCUUAGCUGAGCACAGAACAGAGGCAAUCUAAAAUUCUGGGUUCAUGCACAAGCUGGGAUAAGAAGGGGAAUGAGCCAUAUAUCGUGGAAAAUUAUAGUUUGCGGGUAUAAUUAUACAGUGCUUUUUCCCCCUCAAAGUAUUUUUCUAGCCUUGAAUUCAUUUUAUCUUCAUUAUCCCUGUGAAGUAGGUAGGGCAAGUAUGAGGGGAGGUUGGGUGCUGAAUUUUUAGGCCAAAGACUGAUAUUAAUACAAAUUAUUUACUAACUGUAGAACCUUGGGCACAUCAGUCAACUGCUCUGAGAUUCACUUUCCUCAUAUGUUAAAUGAGAAUAGUAUCUGUGCUGCCUACCUCACAGGGUUGUUGUGAGGGUCAAAUGGAAUGUAUGUGAAGAUCUGUAAAUGGUAAAGCACUAUAUUCUUGUUUGUUAGUCUUUUUCCUUUCUUUUAGAAGACCUACAAUCAGGUGUUUCAUUUUAUUGGUCACUUAUUUUCCUUAUUGCUGACUGACAUUAUUAAGAAUCCUGUUUCAUAUAUUCUAACCCUAUUGUUAGAGAACUCGUCUUUACGCUUUGGUCAAAACACACGUAGAAAACAAAGCGAACCGAUGACAGCUGAUUUAACUAGCAAGAGCGUCAGCACUUGCUGGAAACUGUGACCAGGCUAAUUGUAAGGGCAUUUUAAUCAGUCAUGUUGGCAAGAAUGUGGCAAUGGUCUGUCUCUUUUAGUCACAAGUUCGUUUUUGGAGGGGGGCCAGACACUACUGGAAGAACAUUCACUGGAAUUGGUUUAUCUUUUACCAAUUUGAGGGCCUCCUACAUGCUCAGCAGUGGGCUGAGUGCUGGGUAUUAUAAAGAUAAAUGACUUGAAAUUAGUUAUAAGACAUAUACAUAAGCAAUUACAAUGUGGGAUAGGAAGUGCUGAGAAUCAUAAUAAUAAAACAUGGCCCCAUGGGGAUUUUGGAAGGGAGGGAGACUUGGCUUCUUUAAGCAACUGGUAUGACAGCCCCUUUGUGGAAUACAGACAAGCAGGAUUUUUUUUUUUUUCUGGCAGCCAACCCUCAUUUGCUUUUUUCCCAUGGGACUAGUAUUAAUAUUUAUGUAACUCAGGUUACUGUCUCUUGUACUAUCCUUUUGGACAGAAUGGCAACCUGUGGGUUGGUUAACUGCACUUUUACGGAGGGCGGGGGGGAGCUGACCUGCUUCAACUGCUGUACCAGUCAGUGCUAUUUAAGAACUCAGAGUCAGCCUGGCCUCUGGAGAUCUUCUUCAUCAUUUCUAUCAAGGAUCUGGAUGAAGAGACUAUACAAGAAGUUGCUCAGUGGAGUAGAAAAAGGAUCUCAUCCAUUCAGUUCCUGCUGUACUUUAGCUGCCUUGUCCAUACAAUGUAGAUUUCAUAUCUUGCCUACCUCACAGGGUUGUUGUAAGGUUCAAAUUAAAUAUAAUGGAUGAAAA